UUGGAUCUCGUGCCGGCCUCAAGCGCAAUCUAUCUCAGGCAGUACCCCGCAUAUCUGCAUUGCACCAAAGUAGCGACCAACUACAGUCACCGCCAGAAUUACCGGCCCCAGAACCGACAGCUGGACCCUUAUCUGCAAUAUCGCACAUCUACUUUGAAUUAAUCCAUCAAUAUGUCUCUCGCUCGUGCCAUGACAAGGCGCAUUAAGCGGACGGAAGAGCCGAAGGACUCGACGGUGUCGCCAACUCGCAGCCAGAGUGUCAAAAUGCCCAUCAACAACUUUGACCGUUCGAAGAUCUCUCUUCCUAUCGCCUUGGUGUCGACUACCAACAUGCUUUCGUACAACGCGCCUGACAUCUCGACCCUCAGGAAUGUCUCGUCUUCAACUUCCCUCAGCCACUCCUCGGCGGACGACUCGGACCACAGUGUGUCAACACGCUCCCGGGCAUCCUCGCAUGGUUCAAGAGACACCACUCUCACUGAUGCCUCCUCUGUGGCGUCUUCACCCAUCUCGCCCGCGCCCAACCACCUGUCCGGCUACUUUUCAUCCUCUGGCAAGCAACUGAAGAAGUCCGCCUCAACUACCAGUCUUAAGCAAGUCAAAGAGGAGACUGUAGAAGCAGUGCCUGCCAUUCCUCAGAGGGCUCUCUCGCACAGCAAAAAGGCACAUGAGCGAUUGGCGCACAAGCGAUCGCUUCAGAAUGUCAGCACUCGCGGCAGCAUGAAUUCGCGUGGGAGCGUAGGUUCUGCACGCCACUCGCGCGAACAGCGAUCAUCGCUCGACAUGUUCAAGGGCACGAUUGAAGAGGAGAACCACCCCUUUGGCCGAGAACUCGAGCAACUGAACGAAGUCGUAGAGGAGUUUGGCGGCGUAGUACGAGACGCAGAGACCGAAGCGGACAUUUCCAUCAUGCGCUCGAAAAAUCUCGCAGCUUUCUGCGCUGCCGACUACCUCUCGGAGAUCCGCCCACUUUUCAGCCAUCGAUUCGCCAUCAAACACCAAGCCGCACCCAUGGCCUGGAUUUGAUCAAGUCUCCUUACUGCACUCCCUGGACGGUCUCCUUUGCUCUCAGCCCUAUACCUUAGACAAUGUCUUACGCUCUCGUUUCCGUGUACAUACUUAUAGGGACUGUGAUCCCCACCACUCUUUGGU